GACCGUGGUCUUCCUCGGACAGCCACAGUACUUCAGCAGAGAGUGGCUGAAUAUUAACUACUUCCCCAAAAUCCUCUUCCUGCCGGGCUCUCCUCUUUGUGGUGCAGAUCUACGGGCCUUGUGUUUAGAGAGUUGUGAGAUGUGUGUGGUUCUGAGUGCCUUUAGCUGUCUGAGAGAGAAUGAACCCGCCAUGCAGGACAAGGAGACCAUUCUAUCCUGUAUUAACCUCUACCACAUCAACUUCAGUCAGGAGCAGAGCCUCACACACACAUCUUCCAGCACACACUCGCCAACUUACGAGCCUGUUUGUCCUCAGUUACCGGUGACACCGCAACACACACGAACUGGCGAUACAGUCCCUCUGCUGGUGGAACUCGUAAACACAUCUAAUGUACAGUUUGUCAGCAAAGUGGACGGGAUGCAGGGCGUCUCCAGUCUGGCUCUCACAGAGGCCUUUGCAGUGGGAUCAGUCUUCUCUGUAGACCUGCUCGACUCUCUAGUGGCUGCUACCUAUUUCAACGCCAACGUUCCGGCUCUCAUCUGCACGCUGGUGACGGGGGGGGACACCCCUCUACUGGAGGCUCAACUGGCCGAGGACAACCAGCUGGAGCAGGGGGUCAUG